AUGUCGAACGACAAAGCACCAUCUGUUGUUGUUUACCAACACUACUGUCCCCCGGAGGUGAAGCGAGUUCUAGCCUCGGGAGGCAGCGCCUUUAUUGGCGAGGUCGACGACUCGACUGUAUUAAAAUAUCCACUCGCCCCCGGCGGUGACAUGACCCGGCUUGAGGCAGAGAAGAAGCUCCUAGAAAUCAUCGGACCGCAUAAGCGCAUUAUAGCAUGCAAAGGCUUUACAGACACGGGGCUUUAUCUAGAACGCGCCACUAACGGUAAUAUUGCCGAGUAUAUGCUUGAAUCCGGCAAACCCCCUCCUUCCGUCAAGCAGCGGCUGGCCUGGUGCCGCGAGGCUGCGGAGGCUGUCGCGUGGAUUCAUAGCCGGCGAGUCCUCCAUUGCGACAUCCAGCCAACGAAUCUACUUCUCGACGAACACCUCCAUAUAAAGCUCUCCGACUUCCAAGGGAGGCAUUUAUCGGCCGACGGCAAAGUGCUCGUCGACGGCUGGAGCGCUGAGUCGUGCAAAUUCUCUGCUCCGCGAAACGACCCGUUCGACGCAGACAUCAAGACCGACCUCUUUGCGCUAGGGUGUACUUUCUACUUCAUCAUGAUGGGGCACGCCGUAUAUCCCGAUAUCGUUCACGGAGAAGAAGGGUGGUAUGAGAAGGUGGAAGACAGAUUUCGAAAGGGGGCCUUUCCCGAAGACAAGCACGCCUGCAGUGCUAUCACAAUGAAGUGCUGGCGGAUGGAAUAUGAGAGUGCCGAGGAAGUGGUUCAAGAUCUCGAGGCGCUGGAAAGGGAACAGCAAGUCAUAGUGCUAGAGUAG